AGGGCGUUUCCCUGGAUUUGCAAUAUGUGUCAAACUGCAAAAACUUUUUUUGGAAGUGCAAACGAUUUGGUUGAGUGAGUGGAAUACAGUUUCUCGGUACAUCGCACCUUAUUCGACAUAUUCGUCUAGGUUUGAAUCUCAUUGGUUUGUUUUUAGAUGAGUGAGUAGAAGAGACGACUCCUUCGAAUUGUACAGCAUUUGGUGUCAAUGAGUCGUUCGCCGCUCGCUAAGCCUGCUCGAUUGGAGUCGCAUGCGGACGAGGUCUCUCUUUCCGGGGAUUUCAUUAGCGCGUCUGAUAAGAGUGAGGAGGAGUUGCUGUGUAAUUUGAGCACGCUUAGUGCUUUUUUGUCGGAGUAUCCGGACGAUGAGGAGGACAAAAGCAAGUUCGACGAGAUUUGUGCGGCGCUGGUGCAGGAGUCGCUUUUGAAGCACAGGAAUGGAGACGUGAGGUUGAUGGCGACGUUGUGUUUGGCGAGCGUUUUUAGGAUAUACGCGCCGAGGGUUCCGUACAUGGAGAGGCAUUUGAAGAGGGUGUUCAAGGCGUUUUUGGAGCAGCUUGCGGGUUUGGAGAAUCCGAAGCAUUCUUGCUUGGCGCAGUUGGAGGUGUUGCUGGAGAGGAUUGCGUCGGUGAAGACAGUGGUGGUGUUUUUGGAUUACAAGGAGUUGAUAGUUAGGUUGUUUAGGUUGAUAUUUCAGGUGGUUCAUUCGGAGCACCCGCAGAUGGUGGUUAUACACAUGAUGGACAUGUUGGUGUCGUGCAUUGAGGAGAGUGAGGUGGUGGGGGUGGAGUUGGUGGAGGUGUUGUUGGAGCAGUUGGUGCCUGGUUCGUUGCAGAGGGAGUUGGGUAGUCAGCAGUCGGACGCGACGGAAGAGGCGUCGAGUCGGGCGUACGGGGUGGGGGGUGAUUGUUCGGCGAGGUUGCUGUCGCAGCAGGUGAUUAGACAGACGAGUCAGAAGUUGGAGUUGCCGAUAUCGAGGUAUUUGAUGGAGGCGGUAUUGGGACGGGGAUGCGGUUCUGAAUUGCAGAGUCGUUAUCACGAGAUAAUUUGGGAGUUGUUUAGCGUGUGUCCGGCGAUGGUGAGUGGGGUGAUUGGGGAGUUGGGGGAGGAGUUGAGGUCGGAGAACGUGGAGUUGAGGGGGAGGGUGGUUGGGUUGCUGUCGAGGAUAUUUGGAGAGCCGGACUCGGAGGCGGACGUGAGGUACUACCAGCUGUUUGAUUUGUUUUUGCAGAGGUAUGAUGACGUGGACAAGGGGGUGAGGAUGGCGAUGGUGGCGUUUGGGAGGAGUUACUUGAUGGGGGCGUUAGGGGAGAGCGGGGUGGCGGCGGUGAACGCGGGAUUGGUGAGGAGGUUGAGGGAUGCGGACGAGGACGUGAGGAGGGCGGCGCUGUCGGCGGUGGGCGAGGUGGCGUUGUCGGAGAGGGGCGCGAUGCGUUUGGAGAAGAAGACGGUGUACCACGCGGUUUUGAGGACGAGGGAUAGAAAGAGUAACAUUCGCCUGGCGGCGUUGAUAGCGGUGGUGAAGAUGAUGACGUUCGCGGAGGUGGAGAUGGUGAAGUUGAGGGCGAGGUGCGAUUUGGGGGCGAGUGAGAAGUCGCACGUACGUGCGAAGUUAGAGCGUUGGAAAAGUUUGUAUGCGGUGUAUGAGCAGGUUCCGUCGAGUUUGAUGUUGUGCUACGCGACGGGGACGGUGACGGACCAGGUGUCGUCGGAGGAGUUGUUCUUCAAGUUGAUGAGUGCGUACGCGGAGAUGUACGAGGGUGUGCCGAGGUACAAGUUGCUCGCGCUGAGGUUGGUGCAGAUAUUGUCGGGGUUCGAAGAGGGGGCGAGAAGGUGCUUUGAGAAGUGGGUGAGUGACAAGUUGGCGCUUCGCAGGGAUUUUUUGAGGUGGAUGAUGGGGUCGGGGGUUGAUUUGUCGCUGCAGAUAUCGGCUCGCAUUCCGAGGUGUGGGAGUGCGAAUAGUCACGAGUUGUUGAAGAGGUUUGCGAGUCAGUGCGACGACACGUUGAAGAGGCUUUUGAAGACGGUUGCGACGCCGGGGGAGUCUGGUUCGUCGGUAGAGGGGGCGAUGGGGCGGCUGCAGAGGAGAAUGGAGAGCGCUCAGGGGUGGCGUUCGAGCAAGGUGUGGGCGGCAUACAAGGAUUUGCUUUGUGUAUUGGUUCAGCGGUUGUCGUUUCCGUUUUUGAGCGAGGAGGGCGUGGGUAGCAUUGCGAGGUGGGCGAGACAGAGGGGGGAGUGCGAGGAUGAGGUGGACAGGGUGGUGAGGAGGGUGGUGAGAGGGGGGUUGGGCGGGUCGAGGUCUAGAGGUGGGAGCGACCCGGCGGUGUAUUUGGUGAAUGUGGAGGUGGGGAGGGAGCGGGUGGUGGGGGCGAUGACGCAGAUUCUCUGCCACGCGUCGUCGUGUGUUCCUGGGUAUUUUUCGAGGUGGAUGGGGGAGGUGGUGGGGCUCUUGGAGUCGCCGGAGCCGGCGGUGGUGGACGCGGGGGUGAGGGUUGUGGAGACGUUGUUGACGUCGGGGGGCGUGCGCCGAACGAGGGCCGUGUGGGAGGUGGUGAGGGGGCCGUUGAGUCGUGUGUUGGAGGAGGGGAGUCCGAGUCAGGCGGCGCGCGCGGCGAGGGGUUUGUCGAGUUUGUUGGGUGAGGUGGACGCGUCGGAGUUGUCGAGGAUAGUGAGGGAGCUGGUGGAGGGGGUCGCGGUGCGGGAGGAGAGGGAGAUGGGUCGGAGGUCGCAGGCGUGCGGGUUUGCGGCGCUGGCUGAGUUGUGCGGGUGCGGGGUGUCUGAGGAGGAGGGUGGUGAUUUGUGUCGGUAUGUGUUGGACGUGUUGUUACCGUUUGAAGGAGCGAGGAAGCGGGAGAAAGUGAGCGGGUUGGCGAUGAGCAAGUCGGAGGGGAUUGCGUUCGUUGCGUCGUUCCUGCUGAGGGCUGACGCGGGAGGGGGUCGCGCAGCGGAGCUGGAGCGGUUCUUGGACCGGCUGUUCUCGGUGUUGGAGGAGCCCGGUGUGGACGCGGACACGCGAUACGUCCUAGCGGCGUCGGUGUCGACGGUGAUGAGGUUGGCGGCGUCGUGUACGAUAUCGGUGCAGCGUCUGCAGAAGUUGGCUCAGUUGGCGCGUCGGUCGCCGGAGAUGGUGAGGAAUUCGAUGAGGGCGUCCUUGUUUAGGGGGUUGAUGGAUUUGGGGGCGCUCCCGACGCGGUACCUCGCGUUGUAUCCGUUUUUCCUGCGGGCGGAGAAGCGGAGCGAGGUGCGAAGGGAGUUCCAGAGUUGCGUGUCGGUCCGUCGUCGAUUCAUGAUGAGGAAGGCGGCUGACAUAGCGUCCUCGACGAGGUCCAGGGUGGUGGUCGGAGGUGGGCAGGGUGAGGAGAUGCCGGCGAUCGAUUUGGAUGCAUCGAAGGUGUUUUGUCUGAUCAUUCCCGAAUACGCGCUUCCGUGGCUCAUUCAUCUACUGGCUCACGUUGAUGGCUUUCCGGAGAGCGACAUGCCGAAUUUUUCUCAGACGAUUGCUUGUCUGAGUUUUUUCCUGCAGGAGGUCAUGCACGGGCUCGACAACUACGAAUUCCUGCUGCACAUGCUCGCCGACAUCAAGCGAACCAGGGACGCGCUCUCUCCGGACUCCCGAAACGUCCAAAUGGUCGCGGAACUCUGCAUGCUGCUCGUCCAGCAACGCCCCACCUCCAACCUCUCCAAGACGAGCGUCCACGCCGGCGCCGUGUUCCUCCCGAAACAGCUGUUCCUGCUCCGCGCUCCCGACGAACAAGCGCCGAAACUCCUCCCCCUCGACGCGCGAUACCUCCCGGAAGACUUCAAGCUCUCGGACGCCAGGAGCAAGGCCGUCCUGGAUUCGCUGUCCUCCGACCGCGCGUCGAAGAAACGGUCCCGCGUCAACAGGACCCGCGGGUCCAACGAACCCGACGAAUCCAACGAGCCCGACACGUCUUUGACCCGCGGAUCCAACGGACCCGACGAAUCCAACGAGCCCGACGAAUCCAACGAGCCCGACGCGUCUUUGAAUUUGAGCGCCUCCGACGACGGCGAGGACUCCCUGGACGUCGCCGACCCCCGCGCGAGGCCCAUGUCCGAUCGCGGCACCGGCCCGGACGAAGAAGCCGACUUUUGA